AGGACGAGAAUGCUACUGGAUCAAUGCGGAGUUUCAGCGUCCAUUUAUUAUAAACGGUUUAAACACUUAAAACAGGAGAACAGACAGUCGAAGUCUGUGUAGUUAGCCUUUACUAGCAAUUCUUUGGAGCACAUUACACCAAUAAAAGAUGAUUCAGUAAAAAACGCAGUGAAAUUCGCAUCUCAUCGUGAAACGCCUGGAAACAAAAGCAGAUGAUGUGACAAUUUGGUCAGAACGUCUAAUGAGGAGCUGGAGAACAUUUAUAGUGUGUUUAUGAUAUAAAAACAAACAAACAAAAAAAAAACACGCGAAACCAGUAUAGGUUUGUGUAUUUCUUGUUUUUCCACCAUGUCCAGUGUCAUCCUCACGUUUCAGUCACAGCUGUCCGGGGUCAUGGAGACCGUUUUUAAAGCUGCCAUGUUUGAGAUCACCCGGCUGGUGGAGGAGAGUUUCGUGAAUGAAGUGUCUCGCAGUCGAGAACAGGUGGAGACUCUGAAGAAAAGACUGCAGUGGAGCGAGUCCAGACGGAAAAAUCAAGAGACAAGUGACAGGAGACUGACGUGUACAGAGUGUGGAAAACCCCGUUCAUCUAACGAGGAAAGAGUAGACAUUUCAUCACAAGAAUCAGAAAAUCAAAGCAGUCUCAAACAGGAGACAGUUGUGGAGGGAAGCUGGCGAAGCUGUGAUUUGAAGACUACUGACAUACCUUUAGUAAAAGAGAGAUCAGAAGACCAAACCAGCCUCAGGAACACAGAAGAGUCUGUAGAUACAGAUGACAAGAAACUGGACUGCAUACUAAAAGAAGAGGCUUUUUAUGCCACUGCUGAUAAUAAGGAGCUUCAGGAUGGGUGGACACUGGAUACUGAAGGACCUGAGACAUCUGAUUUCUCGGCACACAGUUUCAGUGAGCGGGAGCUGCAGCAGAUUCAGGAUGACUGGAGCUCUGGACUUGAUCAGACCACUGACAAUGAGCCUUAUGCAGAUAUUGUAGAUGUCCAAGGACUGCCAUACCGAACACGUUACAACACAGAGGAACUUUCGAGAUACAGUGUGCAUGAACUGAACAUGGGAGACCUGAACGGUCAAGAAAGAACAGAAGACACGUUGGGUAAUGCGGCAUUGGUAGGGCCCAUUCAAAAUAAGCAGGGCAUAGCUGAGGAAGUUGAAAGACAUCACAGCUCUUCCAUUAGGAGUAAGAGAGGAAAUAGAGGAUCUUUGCCAGCACAAGUUAACCCUGCGAGGAAAGAUGUGGACCGAGACAUGCACUGUUUGCUUAUUAAUGAAGAUGGCCACUUGCAGGACAUGAAUGUCCUCAUGGAAGCGGCUGAGCAUAGAGGACACUCUCUUUAUGUUGGGGACACAGCUAAUGAUGCCACUGGACUUUAUAAGGGAAAUGCAUUCAAUAUCUCUCUAGAUUGUAAAGAUGGACAAGUUUUAGGAGACAAUCGGGCUUCUCUGAAUGGCAACCCGCUCUCCUACCGAGUCAGUUCAAGUGCAGCAUACACCUGUAACCAGUGUGGGAAGAAUUUCACCCUGGCCUGCAACCUAAAAGUCCACCAACGUGUCCACCAGCGGGAAGGUCUCCAUCUGUGCAGUCACUGUGGGAAAGGUUACUCGUCCUUCAGUGACCUGCGUACACACCGAUGUAGUCAGACCGGAGACAAGCCUUACACCUGCACGCUUUGCGGGAGCAAGUUCAGUCGACUUUGGAACCUCAAGCUGCACAAACGCAUUCACACGCAGGAGAAACCGCACAAGUGUACUUUGUGCAGUAAGAGCUUUACUCGGGCAGAUAUCUUGAAAGUACAUCAACGGACCCACACAGGAGAAAGACCGUACAGCUGUGGUAUCUGUGGACAGAGCUUCAAACGACCAGACCACCUUAGGUCACAUCAGCGCAAACAUGGUGCCGAUCUGAACAAUGCUUGAAAAAAAGACUCCUUACAACCUUACUUUUUUGUUGUUGUUUUGACUUUGAAAUUGUAGUGUCAGAAACCCUAAAUUGAAUUUUACAUGAUUUUACUAUUUUCUAAGAUGUUUUGAAGUUACAUUAUAAAUAAUGUGUCCAGCUUUGUAUUAGAUGAAAAUUUUAAUAUUGGUUGAUAAACAAAAAGUUGUUUAUUCAUUCUCAUCUACACUAUUUAAAAGGAUCUUCCAUUGCUCAUCCAUUGACUGUGUCUUAGUAGGUGGGGUGAUAAAGUAAUACUGAAAGUGAAAAAUUUUAAAGUAAAAAGUUUAUUUUAAUGUCACCAAAUAUGUGUAAUAAAACUUAUGGUAAAACAUGCAAUGUGCCAUUUGUCACAUGCCAUUUUAGUCCAGUUCUCUGUUUCAGCAUUUUUGUUGUUGUUUGAUAUAAUCCUCCAGCUGUUUAUUACAAAAGGUUGAUCAUUUAUUUAUAUUCAAAACAUUCUUGACAAUGCAGAACUCAAUGCUGCAGUGCAAAUAAUGCACAUUUCUAUGCAUGCUGUAUAAUAUUUCUCCUUAUUUGAGAAAAUAUAUAAUGUAAUGAUACUCUUUAUUUAUUUUUUUAUGUAAUGAAAAACCUGAUAAUAUCAAGGAAAUUUAAACUUGUGAUUUCCAGGCCUUGAAAAUGCAUUAAACACAUUUCACUCGUUAGAGCUCGUUAUGCAUGCAACGUCUAUAGAAUAAUAAUAACAAAAUAUUAUUCAUUAUUCACCAAGGACUAGAAAAAUUAUUGAAAGUUAUGGAAUUAUUUGGUCAUAAAGUGUGGGAAC